AUUAACCACGAGGACGAUAAUAUUAUUUGUAUUGCUAUUAGCUUGAUGAAUGUAAUUGUUGUCCUACUCAUAGCCGCAUAGGUCGCUAAUUAAGGCAAUCUAUAAUAUCUUUAGUUAUAGAGUUCUUUAUUCGUACAAUUAUGUCGUUAUUUAUACUAAACCAUGACACGAAUUUUGAGCACAUUAUUGGUGUGCUGUUCAACAAUUGGACUGCACUCAAAUUGGCUGUUGAACAUGGCAUGGGAGGUUCGUCUGAAGUUAUGCAUUUCAAAAUCAGUGACCUAAUAAAGAACAUACAUGAAUGUCUUCGGAAAUCUGGUGACAACAUGUGUUGGACAAGUAUAUCUGAUAUUAUUGAAGACGUAAUGGAUGUUGGGUUUGAUGUUGUACUUGAAGAUGCUUCUGCUGAUGACUUAAGUAAACAUAUUUGUGAUCUCUAUUAUGAGUGGAAUCAGUCAUUAGAUGGCCGAAAUAAAGUUAUAGAUGAACUUAAACAUUUACCUACAGUAAUUCCUAUUCAAAUUGUUGCAGUAAAACCAAUACGUGAAAAACAAAAGAGGGAUGAUUCAUCAUCUAGUGAAGAGUCUGAAGCCUGUGAAGAUGGAUGGACAGUAGUGAAACAUAAAUAAAACUUACCAGCAAUAUGUCUUGUUUAAUUUUUUUAUGUAUGAAAUAAUAAUGAUUUUCAUUAGGUAAUGGGCUGUUGUAAUGUGUUGUUAUUUGUAACAAAACAUUUAAAUUUCAUAUGAGUAUACUAACUAUAGUGUUUAUAAACUCGUUUAUGUUAUAAUUCCUAACUUUAUAAAUGUACAUUAUUAAUAUUUAGUAAUUUUAUAAUUUUUGAUUGAAAAUUAGAUAAAAAUAAUUUUUAAGUGUUUCAUUUAGAACUUGAUAAAUUAUGAUGUUGGCUUGUUCUUUUUGAACAUAAUAUACAGAAUUCCUCACAAUGAGGUAAUACACA